AGUCUAAUUUUGGCCGAACGCCAUGAGUCCAGGACAUUAUACUGUCUGUCGGUAAAAUCACGUGAUAUACUCGUAACAAGGAAGUGUAUAGUUCAAGUUGUACCGACACAGAAACAAAAUGGUAGCAGUUAACAGUCUGUAGGCAAAUUAUUCCUUCAAACUCACUAAAGUACCAUCACCAUGGCAAGUAACAGGUCCGUACGGCGUGCCCAGGAACCCGUUACCUACACGUGUGCUUUGUGUGACAGUGAAGACGGGGUACGAUGGUAUUGUAACGACUGUCAGGAGAAUUUAUGUGACCGGUGUAAGGAAACCCAUACACGCGGAAAGAAAACUAAAAACGACGACGUCGUAUCGAUAGGGAAGGCUAACCGUCACUGCGACAAGCCUGUACCAGAGGUAUGUAAACUACAUCCCGGUAAAUUGUGUGAUCUCUACUGUUCAGACUGCAACCUGUUGAUUUGUUCAAUGUGUUUAUCUAAAACUCAUAAACACCACAACUGGAAACAUUUUGAAGAAGAAUUUUCCAUUAAACAGCAACAUCUCAAAGAACAUAUGACAGCAAUUUCUGUUAAAAUAGAACAUUUCAAGAACGAGACGUCAGAGCGACAUCGUGUUAACGAAGGGUUCAACGACAACAUUGAUACAAUGAGGAAAGAGGUGAACUCUCAAAGGACGAAGUUAAAGGCAGAAGUAGAUUAUAUCGCUGAUGCAAUACUCGCUGAAUUAUCGUCCUUAGAAAAAGAAGAAUCAACCAUGCACAAGAAAGAUUGUCAACGAUCAGAGAAAAAAGUCGAAGAACUGACGCGUCUGCUUCAACAAGCGGUAAUGACGAAUACAUCAAGCAUAUCCUUGUUUGAAACAGAAAGGUCAUUGAGGACAACUCUGCCCCUGUAUGACGUUAAUGUGAUAUAUGUUUCACCAAAACAACCAAGCUUUGAUACCGGAAGUAUCGACCGCGCCCUGUUGACGGAAAUGCUGGGUGAAUUACACCACAAGACAGACAUCGACAGUAAACACGUUCAACGUCUCUCUAAAUUUACUGUUACACAACAAAAUCAAAUAAACGGUAUAUGUCCAGUCGACGACAGUCAUGCGUGGUUAUCAAUACAUCAAUUCAAGAGUCUAGUACUGGUUAACAAGGAGGGUGUGGCCACAGAGACAGUAAAACUGGACUUCUGUCCGUUCAUGAUCACCAUGGUCGGGACAACAGACAUACUUAUGACCAGUGACCCAAUCAGUACAUUUGUAUAUAAACUAUCACUACACAACAAACAAGUGACAACCUUUGCUGACAUCAGACCACAUGACGCAUGGGACAUCAGCAUCAACGAGAAGGACGAGGUGUUUGUUAGUACAGCUACACCAGACAUAGUGGUACUGAAUCAGUCAGGUACGCUUGUGAGGAAGGUCAGUAUUGGAUCAGAAACUAUAAGGUACAUUGUCUGCUUGUCAUCGCUACGUCUGUGUGUAGUUCAAGAAAUUGGAGAGAGUUUGACAGAGAGGAACAUAAAGAUAACAGACGAGUCAGGUACCGUCAUACAGACAUGGACUGGUGACCUCAACAACGGGAAAAAGGUCGGUAGUAUGAACCUCUGGAAGAUGUCAUGUGAUAAGUACGAUGGAGUUUUUGUACCAGACAUCAGUAACAAUCAGGUGUACGUCCUACCGAGAGACGGCAAACAAGCUGUGUGUCUCCUGGACCAGAGGCAUGGAGUGGUAAAACCUACAGCGGUGGGUGUGGACACGUGUGGGAACGUGUGGAUCGGGUGUAACGACGGUUCCGUACACGUGAUGAGACUGUAACAUGAGGAAAUAAUACAUAGGAUACACACGACCUCGUGGAACAACCACACAUUAUGUAAAUAUCAUUACACUACAGCUUGCUGAUAAAUGCCUGUAUAAAAUGUCCUCAAGUAUCGAUUCAGAUUGUACAAACAUUUGAACAGUGAAUGUAUUAGUGUUACAUGACCGUGGUAAUCUGACAAACAUAAGUAACUAGAUUGUUUAUACCAACCGACACUGUAUGGUCAUUGGAAUGAUCAAUAAACGUAUAAGUGAGUUAGAUUGAGGCAUAUUUUUUGUGUUUUUAAAUUUUUUUCUUUCAUUUGAAAUUAAUUCAUUUUAUUGACAGAAAGAGAAAUAGAGGAAAAUUCAGACAGACAGAGUCAGAAAUAUAGUGACGGACAGAGAGGGAGACAAACACAAUAUCAAUAUUAAUGAGUGCUUCGUACAAAAUGUAUCUUUAUAGUUUGUUACUCGGAAAAUUCGUUUCUACAUGACAUAAACAUCCAAAUACAUUAUAUUGAUUGGCUUUAGAUUUGAAUACUUUUCCUGGGCCAAAGAAACAAAUGUUUAUUUCCGUUUACCUACCCCCUAUUCUAAACUUUUUUACUUUUUUCUUUUGCAAUCAUAAAGGAAGCACUGUUAAAGAGAAAUGUC